CCGCUGCUGCGGGACAACCCCCGCCGCUUCGUCAUCUUCCCCAUCCAGUACCACGAUAUCUGGCAGAUGUACAAGAAGGCCGAGGCUUCCUUCUGGACGGCGGAGGAGGUGGACCUUUCCAAAGACAUCCAGCACUGGGAGUCCCUGAAGCCUGAGGAGAAGUAUUUCAUUUCUCAUGUCCUCGCCUUCUUUGCUGCCAGCGACGGCAUUGUCAAUGAAAACUUGGUGGAGCGCUUCAGUCAAGAAGUACAAGUCACAGAAGCUCGUUGUUUCUAUGGUUUCCAGAUUGCCAUGGAAAACAUACAUUCAGAAAUGUACAGUCUUCUUAUUGACACCUACAUUAAAGAUUCUAAAGAGAGGGAAUUUCUUUUUAAUGCUAUUGAAACAUUACCAUGUGUUAAAAAGAAGGCUGACUGGGCCAUGUGCUGGAUUGGGGACAAGAAAGCAACAUAUGGAGAACGUGUAGUAGCUUUUGCAGCAGUGGAAGGAAUCUUCUUUUCUGGCUCUUUUGCAUCUAUUUUUUGGCUGAAGAAAAGAGGAUUAAUGCCUGGACUCACUUUUUCUAAUGAACUUAUCAGCAGAGAUGAGGGCUUGCACUGUGAUUUUGCUUGCCUCAUGUUCAAGCACUUGAUACACAAACCAUCAGAGGAGAGAGUGAAGGAAAUCAUCAUGAAUGCUGUUCUCAUAGAACAGGAAUUCUUGACAGAGGCACUCCCUGUGAAGCUGAUUGGCAUGAACUGCACUUUAAUGAAACAAUACAUUGAGUUUGUAGCAGACCGGCUUAUGUUGGAACUGGGAUUUAAAAAGAUCUACAAAGCAGAGAAUCCUUUUGACUUCAUGGAGAACAUCUCUCUGGAAGGCAAGACCAAUUUCUUUGAGAAGCGUGUGGGUGAAUAUCAGAGGAUGGGAGUCAUGUCGAAGCCCACAGACAACUCCUUCACGCUGGAUGCGGAAUUUUAACUGGGACCACAUGAGUUAGUGUGGAUGCUCCCCGGCUUGCUGGGAAACAUGAAAGAUACUGAGUCAGUGUGACUUGAUUCCUGCAUGAAAGUCCCACUCUUGAAAAGUGUGGUGAUGCACUGAUACUUUCUGGGAGGCUAGUGUAGCUCCAGCAGUAAAAUCCCUUUUAGAUUUUGCCAAGGGUGUUAAUUCAUAGAAUGCUUAGAUGUAUCUCUUGCAACAUAUGCUACUCCAUUUUGUG